AUGGCGAAUCAUUUGAAAUUCAUCGCUCGGACAGUGAUGGUCCCUGAUGGGAAUGUGGAGGCUGCUUACCGAGCACUCAACAGAAUCUUGACUAUGGAUGGGGUCAUUGCUGAAGCCCAGCGACGCCGGUAUUAUGAGAAACCGUGCCGUAGGAGGCAGCGGGUAGCCUACGAAACGUGCCGGAGGAUUUAUAACACAGAAAUGGCCCGGAAGAUCAACUUCCUCAUGCGGAAAAAUCGCCAAGACCCUUGGCUCGGUUGUUAGUCUGGA